UUAAUCAUUGCUCUCACUUGGUGUUAAGAUGCAGAAAGUGUUGUAAGCCACAGCCACAUGUGUGGGUCAAACAAACAUCAAUCACUCACAGAGCGAGGCCUCGUUUUCGCCAGAGCUGGCGAUUCGACUCCGUAAUAAAAUAAACUAAAUGAAAAGAGCGGUGGAAACCGUGAUAUCGCGGUGCCUGAUAGCGCUAAAGGUGCAGACCGCAGCGUAUCUGAUGUCCGACCAGGCAGGAGGCCGCUCCCUGAGGCCGAUCAGCCCGUCUGGACCGGAGCUGAAGCUGUUCAUUACCCUGAGGAGGGUCUGUUGUUACACGCCGGGGUCUUAUCUCCUGAAAUAACCACACGCUCCCAGGCGCGAGACUGGAACCGAAUGGAAUUUGAAACGUUUUAGCCAAAAAUGUUUCCAUGGUCAAGGUGUUUUUUGCAGAAACGUUUCAGAUUUCGUUUGGUUCUCCGGCUUCAGAGCAAAAAACUGUCACGGGGGGGGACGUUCGUGGCAGCGGUCAAUGCGCAGGCCGCGUGGCGAGCGUAGAUCCGCCCCCGUAUGAGGUGAAACCCCUUCCCCUCCCGGCGCCGACAGCAGGAAUCAGGGAUGUCGCGGCAGUUGCUGCUUUUGGCCAUGCUCACCGUCUCCUGCAGAAUCCAGGUGUCUCCAGCUGUUACCCUGGAUAAGCUGAAGGAGAGCUGGACGCUGUACAUGGACGAGUGCGACCGCAACAUGAGCCGAUCUCCGCCGAGCACCGGCCUCGUGUGCAACAGGACUUUUGACAACUACGCGUGUUGGCCAGACGGACUCCCCAACACCACCGUCAGCGUGUCCUGCCCGUGGUACCUGCCGUGGCACCAUAAGGUUCAGCACGGCCUGGUUCACCAGGAGUGCAGCGCUGACGGCCAGUGGGUGGCUGUGGAGAACACCAGCGAGUGUGACCCUUUUCAUCCGAGCCAGGUAUCGCACGUGUUCCAGCAGUACUACGGCUACAUUUGGAUCAUGUACACCGUGGGCUACUCUUUGUCGCUGGUGGCUUUGGUGCUGGCGCUGGGCAUCCUCGUGUUCUUCAGGAAGCUUCACUGCAUGAGGAACAACAUCCACAUGAAUCUGUUCGCCUCCUUCAUCCUGCGGGCGCUGUCCAUCCUCAUCAAGGACGCUCUGUUGGAGACCAACAUCACGCCGCCGUUCCUGAGCCGGGACCAGGAGCAGGGACUCCCCCGGGCGUCCAUACCUCCAAUGGAGCUGCUGAUCAACAGCGAGACGACGGUCAGCUGCCGCAUCGCCGUGGUGAUGAUGCAGUACAGCAUCAUGGCCAACAGUUACUGGCUGCUGGUGGAAGGCAUCUACCUCCACAACCUCCUGGUCAUCACGGUGUUCACAGAGAGGAACUACUUCAAAAUCUACCUGUGCAUCGGCUGGGGUACCCCAUUAAUAUUUCUUGUGCCGUGGAUCAUCACUAAAUACCUGUAUGAAAACCAAGAGUGCUGGAGUCAAAACGUAAACAUGAAUUACUGGUGGAUCAUCCGCUCCCCCAUCCUGCUGGCGGUCGUGAUCAACUUUCUUAUCUUUAUCCAUAUCAUAAAAAUUCUUGUGUCGAAACUUCGAGCGCACCAGAUGAGAUACACCGACUACAAGUUCAGGCUGGCCAAGUCCACGCUGACCCUGAUCCCGCUGCUGGGCAUCCAUCAGGUCUUCUUCAUCUUCGUGACCGACGAGUCCACAAACGGCACCAUCACCAUCCGCCUCACCAAGCUCUUCAUCGACCUCUUCUUCUCCUCCUUCCAGGGACUCCUGGUGGCCAUCUUGUACUGUUUUGUCAACAAAGAAGUUCAGUCUGAGAUCCUCAAGAAGUGGAAGCGCUGGAACCUGGGAAGGAACAUCGAGGAGGAAUACCGCCACACGUACAGCAACAUCCCCAACACCAAGACGGGCAGCCUGCUCAACCACGUCUCCCGCCUCCCCGACAUCUCGCAGGCCUCGGCCCCGGCCUGCGGCCCCGAGGAGAGGGCCGCGCUGGUGGCCCGCUGCCCCAAUGGCGCCGCCCGCGGCCGGGACCAGGACAUGGGCCUCGCGGACCAGGCGCAGCGCCGCGAGGCCCGGAAGGAGAGCGUGGAGAGCCACCUGUGAAGGGGAGCCCGCCGGAGGAAGGGGAAAUGGGAAAAGGAAGCGGGACGGAGAGCGGGCCCGGCUCGGACGGACUCUGGGAGGCGUCCGCCUUCAGCCCGGCAGCUCGGCGCCGGCUCCCGCCUCAGAGCUGAGAACUAAAGUGUGAUGUGCUGUGAGCGGCACGGUAUAAUAAUGCAAACACCUCAAACCUCAAGUCGCAACAAUAAGAAAAAGCUAAACAAAACAAAAAAACAAACAGACACAGGGUCCUCGCUUGAGCCUCAGCUUCAGUUUGUGUUGUGUAUCAGCUGUGCGGUACCGCAGGCGAAGCGCUAACUGGACCUUGAACCGCAUAAACAACAGCGGCCGACGCUGAAAACCUCGCUCAUCCGUGGUGACUUUGUCGAGGAAACGGAGGAGCUCCUGUGCCUCGUGCAGCCGGCGGCCGCAGCCUUGCUCAUGGGAACGCGGCAGCUGCUCCGGGUCACGUACAGACAUGAGAGGGGGCCGAGCGGUGGCACGCGACGGGUUAUGAAUAAACUAAUAUGGUCGUGUUUUAAACGUUGAAUUCACUUGUGAAGGUGCCAGGUGUAUUUCAAGGAGAAUACUUUGAUUUCAGUGCCAUUAAAUAUAUGUAUAUAUAUAUAUGUAUAUUUUCCUUCCCAUCCAGGUUUUGUCUGACCCACACGUCUUGGCUCAUUAUAGGAGUUUCUGCGCUGAGCCCAUUCAGCCAUGAAGGUGAAUUGGAGGAGAUACGAGAGGCGUACACACGCAUUUUUCAUCACUGUACCUCUGGUUUAAAAGUGUUUUCCUCCCAACGUCGAUUAUCACGCGUGCAAAUUGCACAGAUGUCUCGUGAAUCAUGUGCCAUCGCCGUCGCCACAAAGGCCGACUGCUCUAAUGAUGACGCGCUCUGGCUUUCUAGCAGAGCGCGGCGGGAGUAGAUUUGUCAAUUGAUUAAUAGCGCCGUGCGUUUACUUCAGGCCCAGUCUGUUGGCACUGAGUGGAUUUCAACCAAUCCCAGGCUGGGUUUUCGUGUCAAGUAGACAUCCAACACCCAUGAAUGCGUUAGUGUGGCUGUCGUGACUUUGCAGUGUUGUUUCUGUUUUUUUGUGUUUUUUUUGGGGGGGGGGCCGGUUUAAAAGCUGUACCAGAAACACGACAGCGUGUGUUUAACACUGAGCCUUAUCAUAGUUGAACAAAAUCGUGCAGCCUUUCAUCAGAACAAAACCUCUGAGGGCUAAAGUAGCAGCGGCACAGUUGCUUCUGGAUGCAUUUCUUCUUUGAAGGUUGGAAGUAAAAGGAAAAGAUUCAUCAGAUCAUCACUGAGUUGCUAACUAUGUUGCCAGGAACUGAAGGAGGCUUUGUAUGUAUGACUAUUUACACAGUGUUAAUUUAUAUCAGUACUAUGUGUAUGUGUGUUUAUACAGGUGAUUAGUGUCAUGCAUGUGUGUGUGAGUGUGUUUGUGUGUCAUCGCCGUCGUUUGUGGAUGUCUCACAGCGGCUUCGGUCCAGACAGAGGAGAGAUGGGUCAAUAUUAACCGCCGCCACUGGCUUGACGCAGAGGUCAAAGGUCAGAGGUCAUCAGCCCCGCUCCAGCAUGCACAGUAUCACUCCACAUUCCCAGAAGUCACGGGCACCGGCGAGUACGUGAAUUUGGGCCUGUGACCGUGUGUGUUUCUGAAGCCAGCAGCUCGGGUCGCGCUCCCUCCCUCCCCCUUCUGUUUGAGUGUAAACUUUAAAAAGGCCCAAAUCCGUGUGUGUUCUUUGACUUCCUAACGAUGUUUGUGUACAGUGAGUCACAGUAAGUGUAAAGAACAAACCGUGCCGGCUGACUGUGUGUAGGCGUGUACAGUCCAUGAUGUAUUGUGACGGUCUAUCAAGUGGUGACAGAAUAAAUGGCGUCAUAAGAGAAA